AUGAAAAGCAUUUACUUUGUGGCUGCAUUAUUUGUGAUGCUGGUCCAAGGCAGCUGGGAACGUUCCCUACAGGACACAGAGGAGAAGUCCAGCUCGUUCCCAGCUCCACGGACAGACUCGCUCAAUGAUCUGCAUCAGAUACAUAAAGAGAAGCGCCAGGAAAGGAGUCUCUUCAACCCCAAGCUGCCACUACUUCCAGGUGAGAACCAUAUUGCUAAAGAGUCAGAUCUUCAAUAUACUGUUCACAUUUCUAUCAGGAAUGGCAUUGCCAAACGUCAUGAUGAAUUUGAGAGACACACUGAAGGGACCUUUACCAGCAAUUUAAGUUCUUAUUUGGAAGGCCAAGCUGCCAAGGAAUUCAUUGCUUGGCUAGUGAAAGGCCUAGGAAGGCAAGAGUUAAGUCUGUACACUCUUAUUUAA